GGUAGGUAGCUAGGUACCUUUACGAAGUGAAGUGUUGAAUAAUAACUAAAUUUUGAAGUGGAGAGCAGCAAAGGUGAAGUUAUUUUUGAUUGAUUGUAUGAUUUGUGGAUGGAUAACGAUAACGAUGUUGUAGAAUUUGAUAUUGAGAUUGACGAGGAGGAAGAGGAAGAGGAUGAUGAUGAAUUGGAAUUGGAUUUGGAUAUGGAUUUGGGAGAAAGCAGCGGUGCAGUGUAUUUCCCAGAGGCGGGGGAUCUGGAACCUUCGGAGGGAAUGGAAUUCGAGUCUGAAGAGGCUGCAAAGGGCUUCUAUAAUUCAUAUGCUCGUCGUGUUGGGUUUAGUACUCGCGUGAGUUCAUCUCGUCGUUCAAGAAGAGACGGAGCUAUCAUUCAGAGGCAAUUCGUUUGUGCAAAGGAAGGGUUUCGCAACUUGAAUGAGAAAAGAACCAAAGAUAGAGAGAUCAAGCGUCCACGUAUAGUUACCAGAGUUGGAUGCAAGGCCUCCUUAUCUGUCAAAAUGCAAGAUUCUUCUGGCAAAUGGAUCGUCUCUGGUUUCGUCAGAGAACACAAUCACGAACUUGUUCCACCCGAUCAAGUUCACUGUCUUCGCUCCCACAGGCAAAUUUCUGGAUCUGCAAAGACCCUCAUCGACACUCUACAGGCAGCUGGUAUGGGUCCUCGUCGAAUUAUGUCUGCACUCAUCAAAGAGUAUGGUGGUAUCAGCAAAGUUGGCUUUACCGAGGUUGACUGUAGGAAUUACAUGAGGAAUAAUCGCCACAGAAGUAGUUUACACGGUGACAUUCAACUUGUUCUUGACUAUUUGAGACAAAUGCAUGCCCAAAACCCUAAUUUCUUCUAUGCUGUUCAAGGUGAUCACGACCAUGAUGACAUCACCAAUCUUUUCUGGGCUGACCCCAAAGCAAGGUUGAAUUACACUUUCUUUGGAGAUACCGUCACUUUUGACACUACUUACCGCUCUAAUAGGUAUCGAUUACCCUUUGCUCCCUUUACUGGUGUUAACCAUCAUGGUCAACCUGUUCUCUUUGGUUGUGCUUUUCUAAUCAAUGAAUCCCAAGCUUCAUUUGUCUGGCUUUUCAAGACAUGGCUCAUGGCCAUGUCUGGACGCCCACCUCUCUCAAUAACAACCGACCAUGAUUCUGUAAUUCAGUCCGCCAUAAUACAAGUAUUCCCCGAGACUCGCCACCGUUACUGCAAGUGGCACAUCUUCAAGCAAUGCCAGGAGAAGUUGUCUCACAUUUUCCUCAAGUUUCCUAAUUUUGAAGCCGAGUUUCACAAAUGUGUUAACUUGACUGAAUCAAUUGACGAGUUUGAGUCUUCCUGGUCCAUACUUGUAGAUAGAUAUGAUCUCAGGGACAAUGAAUGGCUUCAAGCAAUACAUUCUGCUUCCAGACAGUGGGUACCUGUAUAUUUGCGAGACACGUUCUUUGCAGAAAUGUCCAUCACUCAGCGAAGUGAUAGCAUGAACUCUUACUUUGAUGGCUAUGUGAAUGCUUCAACCAGUUUAAAUCAGUUCUUAAAGCUUUAUGAGAAAGCGCUUGAAAGUCGCAAUGAGAAAGAAGUAAGAGCAGAUUAUGACACAAUGAAUACUUUGCCAAUAUUGAGGACCCCAUCUCCUAUGGAGAAGCAAGCAUCCAGGCUUUACACAAGAAAAAUUUUCACGAGGUUCCAAGAGGAGUUGGUUGGCACACUAACAUUCAUGGCAUCUAAAGCCGAGGAUGAUGGCGAGGUCAUUACUUAUCAUGUAGCUAAAUUUGGAGAAGAUCAUAAAAUAUACAAUGUUAAAUUCAAUGUUUUGGAGAUGAAAGCGACUUGCAGCUGCCAAAUGUUUGAGUUUUCAGGCCUUCUUUGCAGACAUAUUCUGGCAGUCUUUAGAGUUACCAAUGUCCUCACUCUUCCAUCUCAUUAUAUACUCAAACGUUGGACAAGAAACGCCAAGAGCAAUGUAAUAUUGGAAGAACAUUCUUGUGAUGUAUAUACUUACUAUUUGGAAUCUCACACGGUUAGAUAUAAUACUCUCCGACACGAGGCCUUUAAAUUUGUUGAUAAAGGUGCAAGCUCCCCUGAAACUUAUGAUGUUGCAAAGGAUGCUUUACAAGAAGCUGCUAAAAGAGUUGCACAGGUAAUGCGAAAUGAGGGGAGAAUUCCCAUCAGCAAUGGAAAGGUUAGGAGUCACUUGCUGAAUGAUGAAAGUCGCGCUAAUUACACAAGUGGCUGUCAAGAACAAAGCUUGGGCCAGCAUUCGAACAAGGAUGAUAUGGAUAAGCAUAUCACAAAACUUAUGAAUGAGCUUGCGUGUGCAAAUCGAAAGUGUGAAAUUUACCGGUCCAACCUGCUCUCUGUUUUGAAAGCUGUUGAGGAUCACAAGUUAGAGUUGUCGGUAAAGGUGGAAAACAUUAAGAUAAGCAUGAAAGACGACUUCUGAGGAUUGUGAAGUACAUAGAAACAGAUAGGAAAACAAAUGGAAAAAAUAUUCAUUUUUUUCUUUUUGGGCAAUCUAGUUAAUGCUCCCAUGAAUAACCAUUAUGAUUAGCUUUUGUAGAAAUUGAUAGUCAUUUCAUCUUUUGCCUUCUCGCACUCCCUUAUAAUUUAUAAAGAUGAGAUGAUUUGCGGUGUU